AAAGCUUCAAGCUCCAGCUCGGCAUAGGUCGAAGGUUUCAGUGAAGCUUGGUCACACUGCCUCCUCGCAUUGACCUAUCUCUAUAACUGUCACCACCAUCACUUACCUCUACCAACCCGGCCAUGUCUUCCACCGACUUUGGCACCUCGAAUUUCAACCCGGAAAAUGUCAACUUGACCUCUGCCGACCCGCGAGACGUCAUCUGCGCGCUCGCCGCUUCCGGUAACGAAUACAACGGCAACCUCGGCGCCAGGAUAUCGGCCAUCUUUGUCAUCGGAUUCGUUUCCUCGUGUGCCACCUUCUUUCCCGUUGUCGCGAAGAAGAUCCCUCGUCUUCACAUCCCGCUUUAUGUCUACCUGUUCGCUCGCUACUUCGGUGCUGGUGUCAUCGUAGCCACGGCCUUUAUUCAUCUUUUGGACCCGGCGUACGGAGAGAUCGGUCCGCAAACAUGUGUCGGCAUGACUGGAGGUUGGGCCCAGUAUUCGUGGUGUCCAGCGAUAGUCCUAACCUCGGUGGUAAUCAUCUUCCUCUUCGACUUUGGCGCCGAGCGAUACGUCGAGGUGAAGUAUGGUGUGGACAGUGACGCAGACAUCCAGGAAGCCGUGACCGGACACGUCGAUCGACCUACCAGUGCAGCACAGGAGGAUAGAGCCCUCAGCAUCGCCGAAGUUCGCCGCGAACAUGAGGACCGACAACGCAAACCAUCCACCUUCGAGAAGAAGUACAUCGAGGACUAUGACUCGGAGGAAGGCGACAGCGAAGCUCGCCAGAUGGCUUUCCGUCAGCAAAUCGCCGCUUUCCUGAUCCUCGAAUUUGGUGUCAUCUUUCACUCCGUCGUCAUCGGUCUCAAUCUGGGUGUGGUGGGUGAUGAGUUCAGCACCUUGUACCCGGUCCUUGUGUUUCACCAGUCCUUCGAGGGUCUGGGUAUUGGGGCUAGAAUGUCGGCCAUCCCCUUCAAACCAGGCAGUAAAUUGCCAUGGAUUCUGUGCUCUGCAUAUGGUCUGACGACGCCGCUUGCCAUUGCUAUCGGGCUGGGUGUUAGGACCACAUACAACCCGAACUCGUUCACCGCCAAUGUUGUGUCUGGUGUCUUGGAUUCCAUGUCCGCCGGAAUAUUGAUUUACACGGGGUUGGUCGAGCUUUUGGCUAGAGACUUUUUGUUCAAUCCUAUGCGGACAAAGGAUAACAAGAGGUUGACUUUUAUGGUCAUUUGUGUUUUAUUGGGCACUGGUCUUAUGGCGUUGCUUGGAAAGUGGGCUUGAGCCAGCGGUCCUGAGAUGGUGUGAAUAAGAAAAGAGAUCCUGCCUCGCUCAUGGGUGUGUCGGCC